AUGUGGCUGGUUAGGGAACACUCCAAUUUGAAGGCGUUCACGGCAUAUCCAAAUGUAAAACGAGCCUCAACUGCACCUUUUCCAAAUGACAUGAGAAAGGUAGCCUUGAUAUCGGAUCCAUCAAGACUAGUACCAAUUGCUUCAGCCACCUUGCUCAAAACUCGAUGUUCUGACCCUGCAUUAAAGCCUCUUGAAACCUUAUAUAUGGCUGGUCUGGGGAUAUCAAAGAAGUCAGAUUGGCCUAGAAAUGAAUAUGUGGCCGAGACAGACGAGUCAGAUAGUGUACGAAUGGAUAUUGGGGAUGAUGUCAUCGCAAUGGACUCAGAUGAAGUGGACGAGCACUUUGAGAGCAUAUAUGACCUGUCUUCCAGCUCUGACAGCAGCGACAUGAGGCUAUAG